AUGUUUCACCUCUCUUCCAUCCUCACAGCCGGCCUCGCCCUCGUCACCGCCGUCAACGCAGCCUGCGGCGAUGGCUCACCGCAAGGCGUAGUCUCCGGCUCCGGCACCUUCACCGCCACCGUCAACGGCGCAAACGUCUAUACCGGCACCGACUACCGUCUCGCCAUCCAAACCGCCCUCGACCGCAUCAGCAGCGGUCAACGCGUCACGGUCAGAGCAUCAGGUAGCAUCGGCGCCAACACCAUCAGCAUCACCAGUGGAAAAACGUUUGAAGUCUGCGGUACUUUGAACGUUGGCAACAAAUCUGGUCGUGGUGCUAUUGAAGCUAUUAACCAGAACGAUGUCAAGAUUCCUUAUCUUAAGAUGACGGGUAAUCCAUACUUUGGUUUGAGAUUCUCGGGUACGAGAAACUUGGCGCUUGGCGACAUUACAUUGAAUCUUAGUGGCGGACUUGGAAUUCGUUUUGAUCGCGAUGCGAACUGGAACUAUGAUGUUUCUAUGGGCAACAUUGUGGUUACUGGUGCUGGGAGCCAUGCUGUUGAGACUUUCAAGAUUGACGGUCUUACUAUCACGUCCGUCAAGGCCAAGGACGUUGGUGAAUGUGGAUUACUCAUCCAGGAGUCUCGAAACGUCCGAGUUGGUUACGUCGAGGGUGUCAACGUUGCAACUGGCACUGGCUAUGCUACCCUUCGCUUCGCCAACAACAACGGACAACUCGCCAACGGUCAAUACACCACCACCAAUGUCUUCGUCGACAAAGUCUACUCCCGAGGCGGUGGUCGCGGUAUCUUCUGUGUUUCCAUGUCUGGUGCCACUGAGAUCAAGAACAUUGACCUCGCUGACAAUGGAAACAACGCUAUUCUCAUUGAGAACUGCUACAACUUUGCUAUUCGAGAUGGAGUCAUCAACAGAGGAGGCGAGGUCCGCGUUUCAGCACGAAGCGAGUUCCCCAACACUAGUGGCAUCUACGUCAAGGCCCAGGUCAAUAGCAACACUGUUCGGGAGUCUCCUUGUGCUGACAACAUUUACUGGGGUAUUACUGGUAACGCCCAGAAGAACAUUUGCUGA